AAUGGAUAAGGAAGAAGGAAGAAGAAGAAAAACUUGAUGUGUUCUUUAAACAUUCCUGUCAGAAUUUAUUCUAUCUGGAUUUCCUCAUACAAUGAGCUUCCUGAUGACAAGGACUUGUCUGACCACAGCAGAUACCCGCCUCGGUCGCUUACCACGGUGCUAUAGGCAGUAACUGAAUACUGCAGCCUCCAAAUGAGCGGCAAUAUACGAGAAUAUCAGUUCUUUGAAUAGUUCUACACUGUCAAGUCUGAGGUAGGAAAGAACUCAAGACAAGCUGGCAGGAAUUUGAGAUGGCAAUGUCUACAGGAGAAGGCAAAACAGAAGUCACAAGCAACAGUGACUGGAUGUCGCAACUACGACCUGAACUCCACGACACUCCUCUCUAUAAACUGGCCAUACCAGGUAGCCAUGACUCAAUGACUUAUGACUUGGACAUUAACUCUGCUAUAAUAGAACCUGAUGAACUGAAAAAAUGGAGCUGGAUAAUAUGUGCACGUGAACUAGUGCGCACAGCGGCAACUACUCAGGAUGUGACUAUCACACAGCAGCUGGAUGCAGGAGUUCGCUACUUUGACCUGAGGAUCGCUCACAAGACAAAUGACCCUGACCCCAAUAAGUUUUACUUUUAUCAUGGGCUGUGCACACGGACUGAUGUGGAGACUGUUCUCAGGGACAUAAAUGACUGGGCAGAGAAGCACCCCAAAGAGAUCCUCAUCCUGGCUUUAUCCCACUUCAAAGACUUCAACGAAGAGCUCCACCAAAGUCUUAUCAAAUCCAUUAAGACCGUGUUUGGAGCCAAACUCCGUAACAAGGUAUCAACACAGGACCCCUUCCCAACCCUGAAGAGUUGCUGGGACAAAGGCACAAAUGUCAUAGUUUCCUAUGAUCAUUCUGCAAAUCAGGAGCCCGAGUUAUGGCCUGGAAUAAAGUAUUACUAUGGCAAUAGUAUGGACCCCGCAACGAUUGAAUCAAAGCUUGAAUCAGCUCUUCAUAAGAGAGGGUCUAAAGCACAGGAUUUCUUUGUGUGCGGCCUGAACCUGACACUGCCAGAAGACACCGGGGUACUCAAGUACAUCCUUAACCCUUGUGACAAGCUUACCAACGUCAUAAAGAGGAGUCUGCCAAGGAUGCUGCAGUGGUUAAAACAGCAAUAUAGCCAAACACCUUAUAUGAACAUAGUUGCCUCAGACUUGGUGACUUGUGACGACUUUGUCUCAACGGUUGUCCAGCUCAAUUGGCCUCAAUAGGGCAGACUAUGCAUACUUUACACUGGUUGAUUGUGGGGUUUUAGAGUGUGUGGAGCUGGAAGGGGCGCUGUGUAGCCUACUGUUGGGGAGAAAGGCUAGUCUAUAUGUAGGCUAUGUAGCCCAACUGUUACAGGCUAAUGGGGCUGCAUGUUAUGAAAUUGUUUGCCAGGUUUUCUGGUUAUUAAUCAUUGUAUAUUAAUAUGGGGCUGGUGGAGUGGUUUUCUUUGUUUUUUUUGCUUUUUUGUUUCAGACUUUUAGUGGGUGUAUUUGGUGUAGCCUAUGCAUGCAUGUGUCAUACAUCAACACCCCUCUGAGUCUAGAUGGAUGGAUUUUACAGUAGGUGUGUAUAGGUUUUACAGUUAACAUUAUCCUAUGCAAGCCUACUGGUGUUUUUAGGUGAGAUGUUUUAUUAAAGAACAUCAAAAGUAUUUUCUUUUUUUCUAUUCAUUCUCUUUCCAUUUUUAACAUUUACUGUCUUGCUCUCGCACUAAACAUUGUGUAUUAUGAGAAGAACCUACACACACUCCUUUGAUUGUUUUAAAUGUCCUUAAUCUGUUGGAGCGCCAUCAUGUGUCAACUCAUGGUAUUGCAAUAAAAUGUUCACCUCA